CAAUUGCUUCCGGGGAGUUUGGAGGGAGCGAGGGGGAAUAAAGGGCCCGAGAGGAGGGGCCCGCGGAUGGCGCGCCCCUGAGGGUCGUGGCGAGCUCGCGGAGCGUGGGAAGGAGAGGACCCUGCGCUCUUCCCGGGCUACGGGUCAUGGCCAACGUGCAGCCGAAAGCCCUCGGCUUUGGCUUCAAGUGGCUCUCGCUGGCCACUCUGGUGCUCAUCUGCGCCGGGCAAGGGGGACGCAGGGAGGAUGGGGGUCCAGCCUGCUACGGGGGAUUUGACCUGUACUUCAUUUUGGACAAAUCAGGAAGUGUGCUGCACCACUGGAAUGAAAUCUACUAUUUUGUGGAACAGCUGGCUCAUAAAUUCAUCAGCCCACAGCUAAGAAUGUCCUUUAUUGUCUUCUCAACUCGAGGAACAACCUUAAUGAAGCUAACAGAAGACAGGGAACUGAUUCGUCAUGGCCUAGAAGAACUCCAGAAAGUUCUGCCAGGAGGAGACACUUAUAUGCAUGAAGGAUUUGAAAGGGCCAGUGAGCAGAUUUAUUAUGAAAACAGACAAGGAUACAGGACAGCCAGUGUCAUCAUUGCCUUGACUGAUGGAGAGCUCCAUGAAGAUCUUUUUUUCUAUUCAGAGAGGGAGGCUAACAGAUCCCGAGAUCUUGGUGCAAUCGUUUACUGUGUUGGUGUGAAAGAUUUCAAUGAAACACAGCUGGCCCGGAUUGCGGACAGUAAGGAUCACGUGUUUCCUGUGAACGAUGGCUUUCAGGCGCUGCAAGGCAUCAUCCACUCCAUUUUGAAGAAGUCCUGCAUUGAAAUUUUAGCAGCUGAACCAUCCACCAUAUGUGCAGGAGAAUCAUUUCAAGUCGUCGUGAGAGGAAAUGGCUUCCGACACGCCCGUAACGUGGACAGGGUCCUCUGCAGCUUCAAGAUCAAUGACUCAGUCACGCUCAAUGAGAAGCCCUUCGCUGUGGAAGAUACUUAUUUGCUGUGCCCAGCGCCUAUCUUAAAAGAAGUUGGCAUGAAAGCCGCACUCCAGGUCAGCAUGAACGAUGGCCUCUCUUUCAUCUCCAGUUCUGUCAUCAUCACCACCACGCACUGUUCUGACGGCUCCAUCCUGGCCAUCGCCCUGCUCAUCCUGUUCCUGCUCCUGGCCCUGGCGCUCCUCUGGUGGUUCUGGCCUCUCUGCUGCACCGUGAUUAUCAAGGAGGUCCCUCCACCGCCUGCUGAGGAGAGUGAGGAAGAAGAUGAUGAUGGUCUGCCUAAGAAAAAGUGGCCUACAGUAGAUGCCUCUUAUUACGGUGGGCGAGGUGUUGGAGGCAUUAAAAGGAUGGAGGUUCGCUGGGGAGAAAAGGGUUCCACGGAAGAAGGUGCUAAGUUGGAAAAGGCAAAGAAUGCAAGGGUCAAGAUGCCAGAGCAGGAGUACGAAUUUCCUGAACCCCGAAAUCUCAACAACAAUAUGCGGCGGCCCUCUUCCCCCCAGAAGUGGUACUCUCCAAUCAAGGGAAAACUCGAUGCUUUGUGGGUCCUGCUAAGGAAAGGAUAUGAUCGUGUGUCAGUGAUGCGUCCACAGCCAGGAGACACGGGGCGCUGUAUCAACUUCACCAGAGUCAAGAACAACCAGCCAGCCAAGUACCCCCUCAACAACGCCUACCACACCACCUCGCCACCUCCUGCCCCCAUCUACACCCCCCCACCCCCUGCCCCCCAUUGCCCUCCCCCACCCCCCAGUGCCCCCACCCCUCCCAUCCCAUCUCCACCUUCCACCCUUCCCCCGCCACCUCAGGCCCCACCUCCCAACAGGGCGCCACCCCCCUCCCGACCUCCCCCCAGGCCUUCUGUCUAGAACCCAAAGUUUGCACUCUGGGCUGUCUCAGAAACUUCGGGGAGGAGGCUCCUCUGUGGUGUUAGAACAAGUCUUUCCAGUUAGAGGAGAUGAGUGGGGAUAAAGCCCACUGACGUUCACACCCUUUAAAAAUUGGUUGGCAAUGCCCGUACACCGACAAUCGUGAUCAGCGGAAAGAAACAGAAAUUUUGAACUGCCUGAAAACAAAUGAUGAGACAACUACGGUCACACUUAUAGCCAGCCACUCACCACCUCUAGGUUCCAGACACAGUGAAACUGCCAAGAUGCUCUCAUCAGGAUUAUAUCUCAUGGAGACCAGUAAGAAAAUCAUUUCUCUGAGUGUGAAAUGCAGAGUUGGAUAAGAAAUGGCAUUGCAGGGCUCCUAACUGCUGCCUUCCCUCCUCCACCUUACCUCCAUCACUUGGCCUAGGAACCAAGGAAUCCUCAUCUCUGUGCACCACCCAGGAAGGUGAAACCUUUGUCUGCAACUUUGGAAAAGCUUGGGGUCCCCAGUGUGGCAAGAAACUCAACAUCAGACAGGUAUCCUAAAGGAUGUUCUCCUGGGAUUUGCAGAUGAAUAAAAACAUAGGCUUUAUUUUCCUUUCAAAUUCUCCCGGUUUCCAGGUGAGGAAGGGAGCAGGUGUUUACUGAUGGAAAAGGUACGUUGCCAUGUUGGUGUGUAAGUGAAAUCAGUUGUGUGCAUUGACGGGAGUAUUGAUGGGAGCAUCAGACAGUUUCUAACACCCACAGGCCAUCAGCAGCUAGAGGUGGAUGACUUUGGCCAGACAUGGUCCCCUAAAUCAACAGACAGUGAUAUCACCAAAGAACAACCUGUUAAUGAUUCAUGUUGAAAAUCAAGGUUUGGCUUCAGUUUAAAUCACUUGAAAUAUGAAGAAGUGAUUGAGACAAACAUGAGUUGAUCUUCCCAAAAUAGCAUGAUUAGCACCUACCACACAAUAUCACUGAUUUUUUUUAUUUCUUUCCUAGUAAAGUUGCACACCAGAGACUUCUAGGCAGAGCUGAGAGACAAUGGUCCUGAUGUAACAAGGAAACUAUCCCCAGGUUCUUUGAUUAAUCCCAAAAAAGACACGUACGUGUGGAUGAAAAUAUAUUUCUCCUUAUCUCUUCAAAUGAUCAGCUGUUAAUCAAGGGAAAUACGCCAGAUGUGCAACACAGAGAUGCUCUGCCGGAAAUUCCCACCAUGUCUGGCACCCAUCCCAUCCCUCCACAUCUUUUUGAAUCUGUUGAACCAGUAAGCCCUGUAAUCAUCACCCAGGGGUGAAAGCAGAGGUCAUUGUGGAGGGCCUUCUGCACCAGCCUGUUCAAAAUUAUCUCCCCCUCCGGUUUUCCACAGGUCCCAAAUUCCUGUUCCAAACCCCUUAAAUUCUUAAGUCUUCUCUGGAACAAAGCAGAAUGUAAAAUAAACAGAACACUUAUUGCUUUGGGUUACAGCUCCAAAGAUCCCUCCAGAACCCAUCAAGCUGGCCUCAGUCCCUCACCUCACUUAGAACUGACCCACCACAGCCUGGGCGUCAUUCCAUAAACACCAACUCUUGUGCCCAUGGCAGACAAUGCUAAUCAAUCUCAGCACCAUUUCCCAUGAAGCCCAAUGAUUUCUCACAAUUCUUCACAAAUCACAACUCCAAAGAAUUGGAGAGAUGAACACUAUUUGCCAUCCCUUCCAAAGAAAGCAAAAACAGAAAGGGAGUGCAGGAGGGAAUGGGGAAGCCCAGGAGCAUAAAAGGAACAGGCAGGGGGAACAGGUUAGACGGAGUACCUUAGUGGGGAACCAUGGUGCUGAUUCUGCAGUGCCAGUGCCAAACCAACACGUCCAAGCGCACCUCAGAUCCUCACCUCCCAUGGCUGCCACUUCCAGAGGAUCUCCCAGCCUUUUUAUAGAACUAAAAUCAGAGACAGUUUUCAGGACUAAUGAAAGCAACCUCCCUCCCCUCCACCCAGCCCUGCUGCAUUGUCUAUUUUUAGAACACUAGGCUGCUUCUUUAGUAUAGUCCUUCACGAAGCAGGGUCCAGAAUGUCUCAGCCACCUGCAGUGACAUUGCUGGGCCCCAGAAAACCAUUCCGUAGGAGAAUGGGUUCCCCAGGCUCACAGCAUAGAGAUGUUGAGCCCAUGCAACUGUUUUGACUGCUGGCAGUACAAAACGGUCCAUCCCACACCACUGCCGUGUGACUCACAUGGCCACCGGAAAGUUCAGGCCAAGAUGCUGACAUUGCUGUGCAACAAGACGGCAGGCAUCAGGUGAGAAUGCAGCAUUCAGGAUCAUCAGAUGCCCUGUGCAGUUUCUGAGAUGUUUUGGUGAAGUGUUUUGAUAAAAUAGGGAACUGCAAAUAUAUGAUGAUUUUGAAAAGGGUUAGUAGGGUUUGUCCUUAAAACUGACUCAAUGUGUCAUCCCUAGUCAUUUAGAAUUACAGUUAAGAAGGAGAAACGUAUGUACCCUGUAGGAACAAGGUAAUGUUUUUAUUGUAGGCUAUGACAGGCAGGAAAAUUCUUUAACUGGUUUACAAAAUCUCUCAUUACUUGUGUCAUUCCCUGUAAAAGGCAAGAGACAUAUGAUUGUGAUCCAGAAACUGCACAAAUUAUUUUUUCACCCCCGUGUUAUUGUCCUUAUGAAGUGUUGGGUUUUUUUUUUUAAAUAAAGCCAAAUUUUCGUUGUAUAUAUUCGUAUUCCGUGUGUUAGAUGGAAGCAUUUCCUAUCCAGUGUGAAUAAAAAGAACAGUUGUAGUAAAUUAUUAUAAAGCCAAUGAUAUUUCAUGGCAGGUUAUUCUACCAAGCUGUGCUUGUUGGUUUUUCCCAUGACUGUACUGCUUUUAUAAAUGUACAAAUAGUUACUGAAAUGACGAGACCCUUGUUUGCACAGCAUUAAUAGGAGCCUUGAUAAGAACUGUGGUCCCCUCUGUUGACAGCCAGCUCCACAGUUUCUUGCCUGGACUUUGGUACACACUCCAGUGAGGUCUCUCUUUUACCAAGGUUAAGAAUACAGCUGGUGGAUAAAUUAAUUAAUAGUCUUGGAUAUCUGGCUAUGGGUAAUCUUGCAAAUAUCAUUAGAAUAGGCAGAGAUGAUCUCAAAGUGUCACAUACACUAAAGUCCAAACACUAUACCAGAUGGGGGGAAAUCCAUCAAAGAUCAAGAAAAAAUAUAAUAAUUAAAUGAGAUGAUGAGCAACAGCGUCAGCCCAAUGCCAACUCAAAACAAAAAAAAAUUAAUGCUGUGUAAAAUGGGUUGAAUUAGUUUGCAAACUACAUAAAAAUAUAUGCAGUAAAAAGCCUGCUAAUGAACACCAGGUGGGAAUGGAGUGUACUAGUCAAUUGCCUUUUCUAGUUAUCUGAGCUCUACUAUAUUAUCAUACUUGGAUAACCAAUUUAAAAGAAUUAGAAUAUGACUUUUUAAAUACACUUAACAUUAAACUCUCCUUCUAACUCUUCUUUCUGUGAUAACUCAGAAAACAGUUAUUGUUCUCCAGUGCCUCUGAGUCAUUGUUAUAAAAAAAUCAGUUAUCACUGUGCCAUGCUAUAGGAGACUGGGCUAAACCUGUACAAUGACAAACCCUGGA